CCUUGCUAUGGAUCCAGGGCGGCCAGGUUUUGCUUCCCCAAAAGUGCACUUCAUUCAGCAACCAAUUGUUCAACAGCCUGAGGUGACCAUUCUCCAGCAGGUGCCCUGGAUACCAUCAGCUUUUCCUCCAUCCUACAGAAAAGAACAGAUUAGAGAAGACCUAAUGGAGCUGAUGAUGAUACAAAAUGCCCAAAUGCACCAGGUUGUAAUGAAUAACAUGGCCAUGUCAGUAGCGGCACAAUUUGGAAACAACCCUGAACAGGUGCCCCAUGUUCUUUGGCAAAUAGAAGAUAAUGAAGAGGAUGACCCUGCUCCCUGUGUAUUUCACCACCAUUAUGCCCUUUAUCCAGGCACCCUUCCAUUCAUGGCAUGGCCAUCCACAUCUCAGCCAUCCACUUGGCCACGGCAACAUCCAACCAUUCGCCAUGUAGGCCCAGACCCACAGACACCUGGCAGACAAGAUGGUCCAGUGGUUCCUCCACCACCACCACCAAGUGCAACUGGAACGGUAACAGCUGACAUACCACCAGCUUCAGAAUACUAUGAUUUCAGCGAGGGACAGAGGUGAGGAUGACCAUUUCUCCCAUGCUUCUUCUAACGUUUGCACAACAUGGUACAGUUCUCAUAACUUCACCUGGCUCCUGGAACCUCUCCAGCAUCAGAGAUUGAUCAAGAAGACUUGAAGCAUUGCAUGUCAUGGAUAAUUUGGUGAUGUACUGCUCCCACAGAUGCAUCAAGAGCUUUAUCAUUAGACUAUCUCUGUGCACAUGCAUAAUAUGAAAAUUAACAGUGUAUUUUAUUUUUAAAAAUACAGCUAAUCUGUAAAUUGCCUGUACCCACCAGACGGCUCUCUGUUUCAAAAUGACUAAACUAUACAUAAAUGCUGAUUGCUCUCUGACUUCUCUUUCUGAUAACUCCCAGAAAACAUAAGUGUUGUCUCCAAAGACUAGCCCAAAUUUAUUCCACUUGUUUGUUCUGCUGUUAUGGAUCAUGUUGUCCAGGUUUACAUAUAACAGUAAGCCCAGUUGUGGUUUGUUGAAUUCAGGCUUUUUAUGGUGUCCAAAAUUACAUUUACAAACAAACUGUGGUUUGGGAUUUGUUUUUGCUUUUUAAGUCAGCUGUGGUCAGGAAACACAUUUUAUUGCUGGCUUAUGAACUCCAGCUAGCUGAAAUUAUGGCUUAUCAUCGUGUCUGAAAUCAAAACUAUGAGUUGUUCCCAGCUUGUUUCCCACAAAUACCCACCUGGAGACAGAACAGAAAAAAGAGGUGGGAGAAAACAGAUCAGAAAUGUGAAAAGUGGCUUGGUUGAUUGGAUGCCUAUGGCUGUGUUUCUCAGGCUAUCCAAUGUGGGGGACUGGCAGUUACUUUCCAGUGUGCCAGGGAAUUGAAGUAUAUUACUGUCCAUUGGGUAGAAUUGUUUCUUUCUUUCCUGGAAACUUGCCAGCAGCCAGCAGCUCAGGGACCAGUAUUAGUCCAAGGAUCACCAUUUUGAGUAGCACAGUUCUAUGGAAUAAUGCAUGGCUAAAGAAAUAACGUACAAUUAAUAUAAACUAUGGCAUAACAUAAUGUACAAAGGUGGUUCUUCUUUCUUGCAACUUCUUGACAAACUGCGGUUUAACAAAAAAUUGUAAAUUAUGGUUAUUUUGAGUUUACUUCAGUCUUCAGUCAUGGAGGUUGAAUUCUUUACUGUGCCUUUAUGUUA